AAAAUGACAAUACGCACCCCUUACUGCAGAAACGACCAUUUCCCACUGGAUCUGACAAGCUGAAGGUCGCACUUUGUUUAACUUGUGAUACCAGGCAGAUGUGUGAGUGUGUGAUUGUGAGAGUAAUACUGAGAGCAACAAAGAGGAACAAUGCAGUAGAUUUCCACACUGGAGUGAGACUUUAAGAGGCCAAAGAUCCGUAGCCUGCAGUCCGACUGGUGGGCAGAGAAAAACAGAGAAAGUCCCUCCCCCCCAGGAAACACAGACCAGAAGCAGCUUCGAGUUUCACUAGAGAGGAGAGGGCAAGACACAACAAGUCCAACUAUCCAACAAGCUGGUUUUCCUUCACACACAAGGUAACCGUCUCCUGCAGCUCUGAGCCAUGAGGUCCUCUUCCCUCCUCCUACUCUCCUUCCUCGUGGGUGUGUGUGAUGUUCGAGGGGCGUCACAUUUUAGAGUCUGUGCCUUCAACCUCCAUCACUAUGGGGAUUCCAAGUCCCAGAACAGCAAUGUCAUGUCUAUUCUUACCAAGAUCAUCGCUCGCUGUGAUGUGUGUUUGCUUAUGGAAGUGAGAGACACUAAAGAAAAAGCUGUGCCACUGCUGAUCGACAGCCUCAACCGCUAUGACACGGAUCAUGAUUACUCAUCUGUGGCCAGUGGGAGACUGGGCAGGUCUGCCGGAUACCAGGAGCAGUAUGUGUUUGUUUACAGGACUAAUACAGUGACAGUCACUGGCCAGUAUCAGUACCCAGACGAUCGACCCGGAGAUGUCGAUGCUUUCUCUAGAGAGCCUUUUGUCGUCCGCUUCAAAGCCCCCAUGACAGAUAUAAAGGAGUUUGUCCUCAUACCUCAGCAUACCACUCCAGUCAACACCACUAAAGAGCUUGAUGCACUGUAUGACGUCUUGCAAGAUGUGAGGAAGAUGUGGAAAACCGAGAAUGUGAUGCUUCUUGGGGACUUCAACGCUGACUGCGGCUACCUCGCUAAGAAGAACAAGAAGAAUGUGCGUCUGAUUACAGAGAAGAACCUCACUUGGCUCAUUCCGGAAAAUUCUGACACCACUGUGCGAUUGUCCACCUCCUGCACCUAUGACAGGAUCGUUGUGAAUGGGGAAACGUUUGCCGAUGCUGUUGUGCCUUCUUCAGCCACCCCGUUUAACUUCCAAAUCGAAUACCAACUCACAGAGGAGCAGGCGCUGGAGGUGAGUGACCAUUACCCAGUGGAGGUCCUGCUGAAGAACAGCAAGCUUCUCAAAGCGGGGCACAUGCUGAGGAACGUUGCGUUCAAAGUCUCCUCUACUGGUGGCACUCCCUUGGCAUUAAUGUUUGUUCUCAGUUCCCUUGUUUUUCAAAUGUUAUCGUCAUAGUUAAAAACAAUAUAAAUGUAGUUUAUUGUCAUCUCAGUCCGAGGACAAUCUCAGGGAAGCGAACUUCACCAACUGAUGAGAAUUUCAUGAUUCCCCAACACUGGGCGUCCAGCACUCCACAGAGCCGCUCUCCAUGUUGGGUUCAGUGUUAGGAAAAACCACAGGAAAUGACCCAACUGUUGACAUUUACCAUAAUGUAUUCCACCAUUUUGCACAACAUUAACUACCUUUGUAUCUGGUACGGGUCAAGUUAAAGAAUAUUUGCUUAACUGCACUGCAGACAAAACAGUACAGAUGCUGGCGGAUGUGAAAAAUGUUGAUAAAUCCUCAAAUGAGUAAUAAUCUGUCCACUUAAUGUACAGUACCAGUCAAAAGUCUGGACCCGCUUUCCCAUUUACGUGAAUGAGAAAACGUGUCCAAACUUUUGACUGGUACUGUAAUUAAUUUGAUCCUUUGGUUUAUUAAAGUUGUACCUUUUUUCCUUCAAAUUGAUCCGAGGCAGAGAGGAUCAGGUGCACAGGUGCUACAGAAUGCUAAAGCUGCUGUUUCUAUAAAGUGGAUGUGAUCUGCAGUAUUAUCUUAAAUGUUAUAGACAGCUGUUAUUCUGUCAAAUACAUUUCAGGCAUAUCAGAGAUAACGGAACAAUGUCAAAAACCAGAAGUAUCUCCAUGUGUCUGUCCCGAGAUCCAAAUCUGAGUGUCAAGUGUUGAUCAAUGUUUGGAAAUUAUUGUAGUAGUUAAAGGUAGGGGUGGGGGGGAAAGAUAUAUAUAAAGCAUAGUAUCCCAAUAUUUUCUGUGGCAAUACUGUAUCUGUACACAGACGUACAGGCUUUGAUUAUAUAAAUUACUCAUGAAAAUUUACAAUAAUAAAAUCAAUAGCUUUUUUAGUCCGUUCCCAUUUUGCAGUAAUAAAAGCAAAGUGAGAUGGACAAACAGACAAAAAUGAUUUUCCCUUGAGGACAUAAUUUGAAGUUGGAAAAAAGGUAAUAAUUGCAAUAUAUGACAGAAUAUCGCAAGUAUGGUGAUAUGGUAUUGUGGGGCCAGUACUAGUCAGAGGGCAUGUAUCAUUAAGCUGAGAGAACAAAUGAAGUAAUUCAAAUGAACAAACUGAGGCACCGAAAUAUUUACACGGAGCACAUGAAUUACUAAUGUGGUGGUGUAAUGUAUUUAAUCAUUUUGUCUGUGAAAUAUAGAGGGAUGGUGGUUGCCACUAUUAGUAAAUGUUGAUGCCUUAUACAAGCUAUAUGCACAUACUCUUUUUAACACAUUUGUUUUGUAAUGCUAUAUAUAAUAAAUUUCGUAAACCCUGUGGUGA